AUGGGUGUUCUAGAGAACAUUGUUCCAGGUGAGCUUUAUGAUGCUAACUAUGACCCCGAUAUUAUAAAACUCAGAAAAGAGGCUAAAGUAAAGCUUCACAAAUACAACACCCUCAGCCCUGUUGAGGAAACUGAAAAAAACAAAGUUAUCAAGGAAUUGCUGGGAAGCUGUGGCGAAAACUUUAUAAUUGAGCCCCCAUUUUUUUGUGAUUACGGUAGCAACAUUCAUAUUGGAAAUAAUUUUUACUCCAAUCACAACCUCGUCAUACUGGACGGAGCAAAGGUACUCAUUGGCGACAACGUAUGUAUAGCUCCUAAUGUUGGAAUUUAUACGGCAGGCCAUCCGAUUGAUGUGAAUAGACGUGUCCAGGGCCUAGAAUAUGCUAUUCCUGUGACUAUAGGUGAUAAUGUAUGGAUCGGAGGCGGAGUGUCAGUGAUUCCUGGCGUAACCAUAGGAAACAAUUCGGUGAUUGCCGCCGGGAGCGUUGUUAUUCGUGAUAUACCUGAAGGUGUGGUGGCUGCAGGUAAUCCCUGUAGAGUCAUAAGAAAAGUCACUGAAAGAGAUGAUACAAUUACAAAUUUUAAAAAAUGA